GGAGGCGCUGUAGCCAUUUCAUCACUUUCAAGAGAGAAACCGGAGAUCAGGGUCCCAGACCUAGAGUUAACUGUAACCAGAGAUCUGCAAACAUUUACACACUCUCUUCCAAGAAGAAACAAGGCAGAAACGGAGAAGAACUUCAAAGACCACAUUUAUAAAUAUCAAUAUAUGUAAUGACAUACAUUUAAUUAUUUACCAGUUCUCCGAUCUUGCAUGGGGAAAAGAGGUCUAUGAGAUUAUUACUCUGCGGUGCAAAGAAGUUUGCUCGUUUGCCUAACUGGAGGUGAAAAAAAGGUCUGAUCAAGGAAGACCGAAUUGUCUGCAGAAGAUGGUUUGGAACAUUGAUUUGAGCAAAGGGUUUGUGUGCGCUGUGGCGCUUUGGUUUGGGUUGAUAUUGCCUGUGUGCAAGGCUCGGAUUUACACAAACCAUUGGGCAGUGCGAAUAACCGGAGGUCCUGAAGAUGCAGACAGAAUAGCAGGGAAAUAUGGUUAUAAAAACAUGGGGCAGAUUGGCGAUUUAAAGGACUAUUACCACUUUUACCAUAGUCGAACAAUAAAAAGGUCAACACUCUCAAGCAGAGGAAGGCAUAACUUUAUUUCAAUGGAACCGAAGGUGGAAUGGAUACAGCAGCAGGUGGUUAAAAGGAGGAUAAAAAGGGAUUAUAAAGCCAGUGCUCCUCAAUCCAUUUACUUUAAUGACCCCAAGUGGACAAGCAUGUGGUACAUACAUUGCAGUGAUGAUAUCCACAACUGUCAAUCUGAUAUGAACAUUGUGGGAGCCUGGAAGAGGGGCUACACUGGAAAAGAUGUUGUGGUUACCAUAUUGGAUGAUGGCAUUGAAAGAAAUCACCCGGAUCUCAUACAGAAUUAUGAUACACAGGCCAGCUAUGAUGUAAAUGGCAAUGACCUCGACCCAAUGCCUCGAUAUGAUGCCAGCAAUGAGAACAAACAUGGAACCCGUUGUGCUGGAGAAGUAGCAGCUUCUGCAAACAACUCGCAUUGCACAGUUGGAAUUGCUUAUAAUGCUAAAAUUGGAGGUGUACGGAUGCUGGAUGGUGAUGUGACAGAUAUGGUGGAAGCAAAGUCUCUGAGCCUACAUCCACAACACAUUGACAUCUACAGUGCCAGCUGGGGUCCCGAUGAUGAUGGCAAGACUGUGGAUGGACCAGCCUCCCUUGCUAGACAGGCCUUUGAGAAUGGCAUACGAUCGGGAAGGAAAGGCCGGGGUUCCAUAUUUGUUUGGGCAUCAGGAAACGGAGGACGGAGCCGAGAUCACUGUUCCUGCGAUGGCUACACCAACAGCAUCUACACUAUUUCAAUCAGCAGCACCGCAGAAAGUGGCAAAAAGCCGUGGUAUCUUGAAGAGUGCUCCUCCACACUCACCACCACGUACAGCAGCGGGGAGAACUAUGACAGGAAAAUAAUCACCACAGAUCUCAGGCAGCGCUGUACAGACAGCCACACAGGAACGUCUGCUUCUGCGCCCAUGGCAGCAGGAAUUAUAGCACUGGCUCUUGAAGCAAAUCCAUUACUGACAUGGAGAGAUGUGCAGCAUAUCAUCGUGAAGACUUCUCGUGCAGGGCAUCUCAAUGCCCCUGACUGGAAAAUCAACGCAGCUGGUCACAAGGUGAGCCACCUUUAUGGAUUUGGACUAAUGGAUGCAGAGGCCAUGGUAAAGGAAGCAGAGAGAUGGAAACAGGUACCUCCCCAGCACAUUUGUUUGGAGAAUGCUGACAGGCAAAUAAGGAUUAUUCGGCCUGAGCAUAUAGUCAAAUCUGUUUACAAAGCUACCGGCUGUGUCGAUAAUCCGAAUCACCAUGUCAUCUACUUGGAGCAUGUUGUGGUGCGUGUCACCAUCACUCAUCCUCGCCGUGGCGACCUGUCCAUCUACUUGACAUCACCUUCUGGAACAAAAUCUCAGCUCUUAGCUAACAGAUUAUUUGAUCAUUCAAUGGAAGGCUUUAAGAACUGGGAGUUCAUGACCACUCAUUGUUGGGGAGAGAAAGCUGCAGGAGACUGGAUUCUCGAAAUUCACGAUACCCCAUCUCAGCUGAGGAGUCAGAAAGUGCCAGGGAAACUGAAGGAGUGGUCUCUUGUUCUUUAUGGCACCUCUGUUCAUCCUUACUCCUUUUUGCGUCACGAGAAGCCGCGGUCAGCCGACGUGGAUGAAGAAGACUGUGCUCUAGAGGAGUACAGCGGACCUUGUGAUCCUGAAUGUAGUGAAAACCGUUGUGAAGGACCUGGGCCCCAUCAGUGCAUUAACUGUUUAAAUUCCUUCAUGAAAUUUAAAAACAACACAAGGACAUGUGUUUCUGAGUGUCCCUCGGGGUUCUUCAAAGAUGAUAAGAAGCGCUGCAAGAAGUGCUACUCGCUGUGUGAGACCUGUGUGGGCAGCCGUAGUGACCAGUGUUCUUCCUGCAAAUCUGGCUACUAUCUGAACGAAGAAACCAACAGUUGUGUCUCUAGCUGUCCUGAGAGCUUUUACCUUGAUAAUGAUGGAAAAAACUGCAGGAAAUGUAGUGAGCAUUGUAAAAAAUGCACAUCAUCCCAGAUAUGUACAGAAUGCAGACCAGGCAUGAGUUUACAAGGCAAUAAGUGUGUAGUGAGCUGUGAUCUUGGAAGCUACUACAAUGGCCACAGAAAGGAGUGUGAGCCCUGUCAUCGGGCUUGUGCUACCUGUGCAGGCACAGGCUCAGAGGCUUGCACAAAGUGUGCUGAAAAUUAUUACAUGGAAGAAUGGAGGUGUGUGUCAAACUGUAGCCCUGGAUACUAUUUGGAGCAAGUAAUAGACAAUGGAGACACUCAAAGCAUUUGCAAAAAAUGUGAUCCAAGCUGCUAUUCGUGCACUGGUCCUGGGGAGAGGAAUUGCAGCAGCUGUGUUAGUGGAUAUAACUUAGAGUCGGGUGUCUGUGUUGUCAGUACAAUUUGUAAAGAUGGUCAGUACCUAGAUGACCAAGGAAAAUGUCAUUUGUGUGACGCCACUUGUUACAAAUGUACAGGGCCAGAUAAAGACAACUGCAUUAGUUGUACUAAAACAAGGUAUUUUGAUGGUGGACACUGUUUAAUUUCCUGCCCAAAAGGGAAAUAUCCAUUCAAUGGCCAGUGCCACAAGUGCCACCACACCUGCAAAGAAUGCAACGAUGGAGAACCAUACAACUGCACAAGCUGUGAUACAGAUAAACACAGAAACGAUCGCUACUACUUCCAAGGAGAAUGCAAAGAAUCCUGCCCUGAGCAUUACUAUCACUCUAUAGAACAAACCUGCGAGCCCUGUCCCGCAAAUUGCAAAGUGUGCACUAGAGCAGAUAGAUGUUUAAAAUGUGAUUCAGGUUUCCGUCAUAUUGAUGGAAAAUGUGAAAAGCAAGAAUGUGGAGAAGGUGAAGUUGAGGAUCCUGAUUACGAAAGCUGUGAAACCUGCGAGGAGGGAUGUCAGAAAUGUGCAUUACAUGACCCUAGAAACUGCUCAUCAUGUAGAGAGGGGUUUUACAGAUUCCAAACAAGAUGCUAUAGAUACUGUCCUGCAAAGACUUACAAUGUGGAUGACAAUUUGGAAUGCAAAGAAUGUGGAAAAAAUUGUAUCAGCUGUGAUGCAAAUCAGUGCUAUUGGUGUGAAGAAAGAUUCUUCCUUUCAGAUGAUGAAUGUGUGGAGAGGUGCGAUGAUGGCCUCUAUGGUGACCAAGAAAGUCAAGAGUGUAAACCUUGUCACCAGGACUGUAGAACCUGCGGAGGACCUUACUCAGAUGACUGUGACUCUUGCCCAGGAAAUGCACAGGCAGUAAAAGGAAAAUGCAAGGGUAUCAACAGUCCCUGUGAUGAGAGAUCCUUCCUUAACGAUAAAAGUGUUUGCGAAAAAUGUCAUCCCUCUUGUAAAACAUGCUCGGGUACAGAAGAAAGUGAGUGUAAUUCCUGUGAUCAAGGUCGCUUUUUGACCGCACAACAAACCUGUGUUGAAAAGUGUCCCAGUAAAACCUUUGCUAAUGCUUCCAGUUGGAAAUGUGAGGAUUGCAAAAAAGGCUGUGCAGAGUGCAUAGAGAAGAGCCAAUGUCUGAAGUGUCUCGCUGGGGAAAAAAAUACUCUUUAUUUGUUUAAAGGAAAAUGUGUAACUGAGUGUCCAAGAGGAUAUUUUGAAGAUUUCAACAUUAUCUGCUCAAAGUGUUCCCCAGAGUGUAAAUCCUGUAUGAAUAAUUCCACAUACUGCCUGUCCUGUACUCAGCAAUAUGUACUAUACAAUCAUGAGUGUGGCAAAACAUGCCCUACUGGGUAUUUCCCAAGUAAUGGAAUUUGCCAGCGUUGCCCACCAGAUUGUAAGGAGUGCAGUUCUAAUGGUACCUGUACAGAGUGUGACAGUGCGUUUUUCUUGCAUAAAGAAAGCUGUGUGGAUGAGUGUCCCUUGGGUUAUUACGCAGACACGAUGAAUAACGAUUGCCAGCCCUGUCACCAGGACUGUGCAGAAUGUAAUGGUCCUGAUGAGGAUGACUGUGACAAAUGUGCCAACCUCCAAGCAUUAAAGUACAAUGGAGCCUGUGUCCAAAAUUGCCCUGAAGGCACAUACUAUGAUCUGGACUCACAAGAGUGUAGAGACUGUUACUGGACGUGUGGCACCUGCUCAGAUCCUCACUCAACAUCAUGCACAACAUGCAGGGAAGGCAUGCAGAAAAGUAAGCAUGGCCACUGUGUUCCUAUGUGUUCCUACAAGGACCAAGAGGGACGAUGUGGACCCUGUCACACAAGCUGUCACCUCUGCGCUGGACCUUCGGAGUAUGAGUGCCUGAGCUGCAACAAAAACUAUUACUUGCUAAAUCACACCUGUGUGGAUCAGUGCCCACUUGGAUACUAUAGUGACAAGGAACGCAAUCUCUGUGACCACUGCCACAUGACUUGUCAGUCUUGCAGUGGUAAACACAGCAUCCAGUGCCUCACCUGCAAACCUGGCUUCUACAGACAAGGAGAAGAAUGUGUUAUUAGCUGCAGAACAGGUUAUUAUGCCAAUGUAUCCACUGAAGUUUGUGAAAAAUGUGAUCCAAGCUGUGAGCACUGUGUGGGAAGAGGGAACACACAAUGUCUGAGCUGCCACAAUGAGUACUUCUUCCUGAGAGCUCAGGGCAGAUGUUAUAAAUCAUGUCCAGAGAAUUACUAUAAAAACACAGAAGACAAGACAUGCAGGAGGUGUCAUGCAACCUGUAAGACCUGCAAAGACAAAGGAGCACUGUCCUGUGAAUCUUGUUAUUUCGGCUAUAGAUUCUCUGCAGGAAUGUGUAGUUCAGAAUGUUUCUCUGGAGAAUACGCUGUCUCUGAGAGACCAAAUCUGAAGUGUGAGCAAUGCCACAGUUCCUGCACUGAGUGUAAAGGACCUGGUCCUUCAAACUGUACACUGUGUCAUGUCACUGACCUCCUGUCCCCUGAUGGUCAGUGUCUCGAGUGCUGUGAUUCUACUCUCUAUCCCCAGCCUAUGCAAUGUUGUAACUGCACAGAAACAACAGAGGAGUGCCUUGUGAAAGAUAACUAUGUGAUCCUGCAUACGGAUUAUGCAGGAAAACCAGGUCUGUUCAUCACAACGUUCAUCCUGCUUAUCCUGGGAAUCGGUGGCGCUAUCUUCCUGUUUCUGAGAUCUCGUUCCAAGGACCCCCCCACAGAGAAAUCCGGCUACGAGAAACUGGGCAACAGCACUAAGUCCGCCUCCUCUUUCGAGUCGAGCAGCGCCAGCCGGCACCUCGACGAUCAUGUGGUGGAGUUCCGAGACCGUACGGAGAAGGAAGAGGAAGAUGACGACGAGGAUGAAGACAUUGUAUACAUGGGUCAGGAUGGGACAGUCUAUCGCAAAUUCAAAUAUGGACUGCUGGAAGACGACGACGAUGAGGAGCUCGAGUAUGACGACGAGAGCUAUUCUUUUCGAUAGUGUAAAUGACCGCUGGGGUCGUUUCUCCUAAUUUUUUUAGUACAUACCCCUGACAGGACCCCACCUCGUUUUUGGAAUUAACCUAAGUGGUUCAGCGAAUCUGAUUUGAGAGUGGGAAGGUUCCGUCCUCCAUAAACUCUUCAGAAUUUAAAUUCUAUUUUAAAACAGUCUGUAUUGCUUCUAAUACCAAUUUUGCUAUACCCACAAAUAGUAUUAGCGAGCCACUGUAUACAUUUGUAAUAUACCAAGCAAGACAAAACUGCACUUAAUGUAAGCUGACCAUAACAUAACAAAUAUUUUUAAAAUCAGUCUAUAUCAACUUGAAUGUCUUGACAUAAUGACCUUGUUGUGGACUGCAUCAUCAUUAGAUCAUAACUGCUCGAUUAUGGCCAGUAUUAUCAAGAUGGCAUGGAUGGAUAGAUCUCACUUUUUUAGAACUCUUAAUGUUGACUUCUUCAGAUAGUUUGACAGCAGUGCCAUUACUCUCACCAGUGUAGCCUUUCCUUUGGAGCACAGGCACAUUUGCUUGUAAGGCUUGAAGAAGAAACGUUUUUGACUGGAAAUAAAAAGUUACAAAACAAAUCUAAAGUGCUGGAGAACUAACAGGCAGGGCAAAGCAACGCAAGGUGAAGGCAAGGGAGAAGAGCUGUAAAUCCUCAGAAAAUAUUAGGAAAGCACACGAUUGAUGGCGCAUCACUAUGAGACAUUUGAUGCUAUGCAAAUAUUAACUUGAAGGCUGUCUGGCUCACAACCUGUAUGGCCCUGUUCAAAGACAGGGCAAUAAGGAGGGUAUUUACUUCAUCUAUACAAAUUACUGUGGGUAAUCCUUAGGCUGUGAAAUUCAAGAUGCCACAGAGAACAAAUUAAAUGCAAUUCUAUUGGUGUAAAAUUUAAUAUACUGUAAAAUAAAACUAGUAUGAAGAAGUCUUUUUCUAAAUGUCACAGUAGAUGAUCAAAUUUCUUUCUGCAUCUUAAAAUGAAUGAAAUGUUUUAAAAACAGUUGUCUUGCAUUUUACAUUUUUAUGUGAAUUAUGUUGUUGGUUGUUUCAGUAUUCUGUAUUGCACUGGCUGAUUUCUAAUGAAUAUAAUUAUUUUUUCCUAGUGAUCUCUUUUUGAUGUAACCAUAUGUUUAGGAAUAUAGUUAAAAAUAAAAAGCUCCAUAUUUGUAAAUUAACCUGUCUUACUGCAUUGCUGGCAGGAAGUAUACUUAUUCUUUUUUCCUAGUCAAUUGUUCUUGAUGUGACCAUUUGUGUUUGUUAGUGAAUAAACGUUUGUUAACAAAAUAAAGAGAUACAUGUGCUUAAUGGAAAUAAACCUGUUGCACUUCA